AUGAUGAUUGUCAAAGCUGUAACAGGAUUAUUGUUAACGUUCGUUUUCGUUUGUGAUAGUCAACUUUUGACGCCAGAUCAAUUACGUGAAAAACAUGACUUGGGUUAUGGAGCUCGAACACAUUACGAAAUGUCCGGAAGUCGACGAACAGAUAUGUUCGGUCGUGUCAAUCCUGAUUAUUUACUUCGCGGUAAGCGCAUUAUUCAUUUUUCAAAUCAAAACUCAUUGGAAUGUCCUCCUGUUUUGUACAUAGGUUUCUUUCCAUUUUGGUCAAUCGUUUUGAUUCUCUUUGCAUUAGUAUUCUUAGCAAUAGCCGUUAUUGGUAUCAUUGGACAUUUACUAGGAUGUCGUCGGCCGACUCCGGAAGAAAUCUAUGCGAAAGAUUUCGAACAAUUAACACCAGACGAUGAAUUUCUCUUGGGUGCUGGUGGUGUUACAGAAGUUGAUGAAACAAAACCAUCUCCGCCAAUUGAUUAUCUCAAUAGUAAUCAACAAGAUUUUCGGUACAAUUCCUCCCCGACAGGAGAACGAACACGAGUCGGACAAAGUGAUGAAGACAUGGUGUGA